CUAUAUAUAUACGUACUCCUUUAAUCUCCUAGGCUAGCAGAAUUUUGAUGUUUCAUGUUGGUGUUCUCUUGCGGCUUCAAAUUCAAACCUUGAUCUGCGAUUAAGUCUUAAGUGUUUUUUCUUCGUCGUUUCCUAUUUAUAUAAUAUGAUAUGAUUAUUUAUUUUAAAAAAUGAAUCUUGAAUGCAUUAGGCAUCAUUACUGUUUUUGUAGUAUCUAAUGGGUCAUGGUAUGGUAAUCCGUUUUUGUUAAAUGUAUAUAAUUCAUUUGAAUGCAUGAGCUUGUGAAUUUCUGUUGAAGUGGAGAACAUUGGGGAGACAUUGGUUUAAUAAGGUAGAGUACAUACUGAUACGACAAUGAGUGUGAGCCCUCCGGAAUCGGUUCAAAGUCGGAAGGAUUGGCCAGUGUGGCGGUCAAAGUCAGCAUGGUCAACGACGUAUGGCUGUAUGGUAGACUCCGACACCGGGUAGAAGGCCGAGCGGACGCGGCCCAAGGCCGAGCGGAUGCGGCCGAGUGGACGGGGCCAAGGCUGAGCGGACACAAGGUGGAUUUUUGGCAACGAGAUCACCGAGCCAACUAUGGAGUCGGGUGGCCCAGCCGGGCACACUAGCCGAGUGGACACAAGGUGAACUUUUGGCAACGAGAUCACUGAGCCAACUAUGGAGGCGUGCAGCCUAGUCGGGCGCACUAGCCGAGCGGACACAAGGUGGACUUUUGGCAAGGAGAUCACCGAGCCAACUACGGGACUGAGCCGACCGGCCGGGCGCACAAGCUGAGCUGACAGCGUGUCCGGUCGGACACAUGAUAUCCCUCAGAUCGGCCAAUUGCGGGACCCACAUGUGUAGCUCCUCGUACACGUCGCAUACUAUUUUGCAAGUUUGCGCCAUUGACAACGGAGCAAGUCGCGCAGAGAAAUCGUCCUUGGGAAACUUCUAAUCUACCAUGUCAGGGAUUUGCACGCUCGCUUAAGGAAGGAUGUCAGGGACACUUUUUGAGCUAUCUUUUCAUAGGAAACUUGAGGAAGCGCGUUUCUGCUUCGAGAUGCAUGCAUGAGUGCUACAGGGACACCAUAAAAGGGGGGCACCCAUCUACAGGAGGAGGGCGGACGCAAAGUCUUCUUUGAGUCUUCAGCAAAGCUACGCAUCCAGCUUGCCAUCUCCUCAAUUUUUGGACAGGAUCACAAACUAUAAAGAAAAGGCCACCAAGGCUUGAAAAAAGAAACGUUGUUUCUUUCCUGCCAUCCAGAUAAACCAUGACCAAGUUGAUCAAGUAGCUAGUUGGAACAAGGGAUCUUUUUGGUAGACAAUUUCUUUUCAGCCGCAUGAACUUGUGGGUAUGCAUGCCCACAUUUGAGAUGGGUGCAACUCCGAUAUUGUUGUUGAUUCAUUAACUUCUAGAGAACUAAUGGUGAUGAGGACUUGGAACUUUAAGCUAAAUGGAGAUGUGACUUGCUUGGCCAUUAUUCCAAAGGACAUGAAAGCAGAAGCUCACUUCAUUGCAAAGGAAGAUGGGGUCGUUGCUGGAAUUGCUCUUGCAGAAAUGAUAUUUAAUGAGGUUGAUCAUUUCUUGAAGGUUGAAUGGUCUGUAAAGGAUGGCGACCUUGUAUGCAAAGGCAUGCAGUUUGGAAAAGUAUAUGGAAAUGCACAUAGCAUAAUAGUGGCUGAGAGGAUUGUUCUUAAUUUCAUGCAAAGAAUGAGUGGAAUAGCUACACUUACAAAGGCCAUGGCAGAUGCUGCACACCCUUCUUGCAUCUUAGAGACUAGGAAAACUGCUCCUGGGCUACGUUUGGUGGAUAAAUGGGCGGUACUGAUUGGAGGAGGGAAAAACCAUAGGCUUGGUUUGUUUGAUAUGGUAAUGAUAAAGGAUAAUCAUAUAUCGAUAGCUGGUGGUGUCACAAAUGCAUUGAAAUCAGUGGAUGAAUUCUUACAGCAAAGCAAUCUCCAAAUGCCUGUCGAGGUGGAGACAAGGACUUUGGAAGAGUUGGAAGAGUUAUUGGAAUUUUCUAGUCAGAAUAGGACAUCCUUGACUCGGAUUAUGCUGGAUAAUAUGGUGGUUCCUCUUCCAAAUGGAGAUGUGGAUGUCUCAAUGCUGAAGGAUGCAGUUCAGUUGGUUAAUGGUAGAUUUGAGACUGAGGCAUCUGGAAAUGUUACCAUUGAAACAGUAAAGAAAAUUGGGGAAACUGGAGUAACCUAUAUUUCCAGUGGAGCAUUGACGCAUUCUGUGAAAGCACUUGAUAUCUCACUCAAGAUAGAUACAGAGCUCGCUCUGCAGGUUGGCCGCCGUACAAACCGUGCAUGAUCCAUUUAGUAUCAUGUCUCAAGUUUCUGGAUUUGCAAGGCCAAUUUUGUUUUCUGGUAUCUUAACCGGCUUUAGAUGCCUAUCACAUCCUUAGAAAACAAAAGGUUCUACCAUUCGCGGUUAAAUAAAAACCAUUGCUGGUAAGUUGUUGAAGUGUAAAUUUCAUGCAAAUGCAAUUACCAAGUAACUAAAGAUGGUUCUUCUCUAGUAUAUACAUAAAUUGUUACAAUUAUUGGUUUUUGAGAAAAUGCACUGCUACUUAGAUUUGCCAUGUCUUGAAUUUGAGCAA